CCGGCGCCCCGUUCGAACUUGCCAUGGUCCUCGCUGGGGCGUCAUGGUCCUCGCCGGGGCGGCGAGAAGUCGACGGGAGAAGUCACUGAGCUGGUGCAGGCACGGGGUGAUACAGCGUCGUGAUCGGUGAUGUCGACCGAUGCCGUCGAACUGUCUUUCCAAAGAGCUUCGGUGCACCUGGUGCACGAUGUGAAGCGAUUGGAAGACGGUGAGGAUCUCAACGAUGCCCUGUUGGAUUUCUUCGUGAAGCUGGGGCAAGCUUUGAUCCCGAACAGGAAGGACAGUGGCGGCAUCGUGGGCUUCAAUGAAGGCCUCUCCCCGGUGGCCUACCUGGGCUCCUACUUCUACGGCAUGCUGCAGAAGGGCCACACCAGUGAUGGUCGGCAAGGCCAUGCCAAUGUGGCGAACUGGGCCAAGCGUCGCCUCGGCAAAGGUGGGUUAUUUGCGGAACAGGUGGGCGCCCUGGCUGUGCCGGUGAACGAGCUGCUGAGAGACUACAUGGGCCGACAACAGGAAAAGCACUGGUGGUUGGCCCUGCUGGUGAAUCCCCGUGCGCCGUGUCCCAACGACGGACCUCUCCAAGAAGCUGUCAGCGUGAGCUGCCUGGAUUCCUUCGCGCGCACGGGCAUGCGCUACAAACCCCCGCGCCGAGCCUUGAAGGUGGAGAAGGACAGUCGCAAUGAGGCCUACUUCGUAGAGGUGAGCAGUUUCAGCCGUUCGGGCUUUGUGGCUCUGAUCGCCUUCCGCGCACAAGGCGAUGGUUCGCUGGGUCCCUUACUGGACCCGCGGCUCUCGCGCUUGCAGUUCGGACAUCGGGUGAUCAAGGAACCUGAAUUGGAUUUGAAGGUUCGAAACUAUGGCGACCAUGGUGUGCCAGGGGUUUUAGAGGGCACCUUAGAGUUCGCUUUCGAUUCCUCCACACGAAUCUGUGGUGAAUAUACGCUGCACUAUGCGGGCGUGGGGGAGUAUAAGCCUGCCCUGAAGUUGGAGCUCCGCAGAGAACCCAACCAAUCGCAGCUGCAAGUCUCAAAGCUCUUAGGCGGCUACUGCGGGAAGGAGUUCGAGCUCUCAGAGAGCGCGGGGAGUUACGGGGACGCCCAGGUGGCGGAGGCCUUGCAGCUGGCAGACACGCCGCAGCAGGAGAGCGCCCACGACUGCGGUUUCUUCAUCCUGGAGCAGGUUCUUCGGCUGCUUCAGCUGAGUCCCACGGCGCUGCGCUCGCUGGCGUCCAAGUCCACCGAGGACAUCGCCUCGUUGCCGUGGCCCUCGCAGCGCGAAGUGGUGAAGCGCAAGAAGAAGCUCCGUGAAAUUACGGCGGAUCUCUUCGUAGCCUCGCGACGGCAAAACACCAGCGACUCGGUUGUGCUGUUGAAGAACGACGAGCUCCUUAGAAAGAAACUGCUCCUGGCGAUGUGGGAAGGCCCUUACUUUGCCCGCGCAGUGGCCAAUGUCAUCUCGGCCGCAGUUUUCGCAGCAGAUCUUUUUCUCUCCCAGAACUGA